AAUAAGAUAAGUAACAAUCAAGAUAAUAAAGCAAAUAAUGCACCUCCUCCAACACAACUGACCAAAAUAAAGUUUACUGGUCCUCCUCAUAUCAAGCGAGAUAAAAGGCAAAAUUCAUCAAGAUUUAAUGUUAGCAAAAAUAGAGAAUUACAAAAACUUCCUCUUAUUAAAGAUGCCGUACCUGCCGAAAGGGAGGAUUUAUUCAUUCAGAAGAUUCGACAGUGUUGUGUUUUGUUCGACUUUGUCAUUGACCCAUUGAGCGAUCUAAAAUGGAAGGAAGUGAAGAGGGCGGCGCUACACGAAAUGGUGGAAUACGUCACCACACAGAGGGGGGUCAUUACGGAAGCUAUUUAUCCGGAAAUAGUUUACAUGUUUUCUGUAAACAUUUUCCGAACUCUGCCACCUUCUUCUAAUCCAAACGGUGCAGAAUUUGAUCCUGAAGAAGAUGAACCAACUUUAGAAGCUGCAUGGCCCCAUCUUCAGCUAGUAUACGAACUUUUCCUUCGUUUUUUGGAGUCUCCAGAUUUUCAGCCCAAUGUAGCUAAACGUAGCAUUGAUCAGAAAUUUGUAUUACAGCUUUUAGAACUGUUUGACAGUGAAGAUCCAAGAGAAAGAGAUUUUCUGAAGACUACUUUACACAGGAUAUAUGGGAAAUUUCUUGGACUUAGAGCAUAUAUUAGAAAACAAAUAAAUAAUAUAUUCUAUAGGUUUAUUUAUGAAACAGAACAUCAUAAUGGAAUUGCAGAAUUAUUAGAAAUUUUAGGAAGCAUUAUUAAUGGAUUUGCACUACCUUUGAAAGAGGAGCACAAAUUGUUUUUGUUGAAAGUUUUAAUGCCCCUUCACAAAGUCAAAUCUCUUAGUGUAUAUCAUCCUCAAUUAGCUUAUUGUGUUGUGCAGUUUUUAGAAAAAGAUCCUAGCUUAACAGAACCGGUAAUUACAACUCUGUUAAAAUUUUGGCCAAAAGUGCAUAGUCCAAAAGAGGUGAUGUUUUUGAAUGAGUUGGAAGAGAUUUUGGAUGUCAUAGAACCAGCAGAAUUUACUAAAGUUAUGAUCCCUCUGUUUAGGCAAUUAUCAAAAUGUGUUUCCUCUCCUCAUUUCCAGGUGGCAGAAAGAGCAUUAUAUUAUUGGAAUAAUGAAUAUAUUAUGAGUUUAAUUAGUGAUAAUGCCACCCAGAUCCUGCCAAUAAUGUUUCCAUCUCUAUAUAGAAAUUCUAAAUCACAUUGGAAUAAAACCAUCCAUGGUCUUAUUUACAAUGCUUUGAAAUUACUAAUGGAGAUGAAUCAAAAACUUUUUGAUGAAUGCACACACCAGUAUAAGCAAAUUAAACAAAAUGAAAAACAAAAAAUGAGAAACAGAGAAGAUGCUUGGAAUAAAAUUGAAAGUAUAGCAAAGAAAAAUCCUCAGUUUUUAACAGUCCUGCCAGUUACGAAUGCAGUUGAAUCUUCGUCUGGUUCCACUCAAAAUCAAGGGGAUGCAUUAACACCUGUAGAUGAAGAGGACAUGAAUUUUGAGAUAAUGGGGAAUGAAAGAAAAGAAGCAAAGCCAAAUCUUAAGAAAGACAAACCACUUGUACGCAGGAAGUCCGAAUUACGCCAUGACACAUUAACGAUAAAAACUCUUAAUGACUAUAAAAGAGCUGAAGAGUAUUUAACGCCACCACCUGCAGAAACCAGCUAAAUAUUAUCCAUAUGAUGAUAGUGUAUUUGUGCAUUUUACCUCUAGAUAUAUGGAGGUGUCAUAAUUUGCAAUAUCAUGGGGAUAAUUUCCAUGGGAAGAAUUUAAAGAGAGGUGCUCAAAAAAAACAAAAAACAAAAAAAAAAGCAAAAAUCACAGUAUCCCACCACAACUAAUUUGUGAAGAAGGUGAUUGUAAUAUUAACAAUAGGGUGCAAAUGGAUUAUGUCACUUUUUAUUUUAAAUGAAUCACACGUAUCUUUGAUGCAUAACAUUAGACACACAAUCCUCUUUGGGCUAUUAUCUGGAAAAGAUACAUUGUACUUAAGCUCAUGCCCAUGGUUCAUUGGUGUUGGAAAUAUUAUUAUUAUAAUUUUUUUGUAGUUAAUUGUAUUCAUAUGAUAAACAGAUUUAAUAUUUUUGUCCAUAAUUAUCUCCCAUAUCCUGUGCUCCUGUUUACUGAAAUCCAUCAUUGUAGUUAUUCUGUCAUCAUUUUUUUAGUUAUAAUUUGUAUUAUUGUUAUUUGACAUGCGAUAAGGAAUCUCCAACUUAGAUGUGGCAUCAGGUUUGCUAAGCAGCUAAAUACUAAAAAUAAAAAAAGAAUAAAAAACAUAUUUAUCAGAGAAAGUAGACGAUUUAGAAUUAGGGAUAGUUGUACUCUUGCAAUUAUCAACAUUGUUGUCAUUAUGGCUUAAUUAUAUAUCAUUAAGAGAAGCUCAAAUCACAAAUUGGACAAAAUUUCGAUUAAAUUUUAAUGAGUCUGCCAUCUUGUGUUCCGAUUUAAGUUCAAAAUUGGAUUAGAUUCAGUUGCUCAAACAUAGUUUUUUGGCACUUAUACAAUGUAUAUACAAGUAAGUAAAUGUCUGUCUGUCGUUGCAAAGAAUCUGACUUCCAAAAUUUAUUUCCCCACAGUACGUGUAAUUUGUUUUCUUAUCUCUGUCUUCAUUUUAAUAACCAAUGACAUUUUUUACAUUCCAUUUUUCUAUUGAUAUCUUUUUGUAUUUUAACAAAAAACACUUCUUUAGUGGGGAAAGAUGCAUGCAUCGAGUCUACUAUCGUUUGAUUUGCAAACGAGAAAAUUGUCUCGGCUAUCUCGCUUUGUAUGCAAAACAUUCUUCGAGCAUCCAAAACUUGGCAUCAGAGAAAAAAAAACAAGCUUUUAAUGCACUCGUAGGAUAAAUGUUUUAUUUGAAUUAAUAAGUAAAAGUCAUUUUACUUACCUCCAUAAAUAGGAAACGAAAAGCAUAAGAAAUUAAAAAAAAAAAAAAGAAGCUUUUCUUGGAUAUUUGCUAUUGUUUUUCGUUUUUGCCGACGAUAAUAGCAAUUAUCAUCAUAAAUAAAAUAAAAAAAGAUUAAAAAUACAGCAUAUACACUAGUCACACUGAGUGUACUGUAAAUACACAGAUAAGAAGUUUUGAAUGAUCAUGUGAUUUCUAGUGAGGAGAUGAAUUUAUUCAUUCCUAAUGAAAGUGUCCUUGAAAUUGUUGAAGAAAAAAAAAUCAGAAUUGAGCAGUUUAGGCUUUCAUUUCAUACAGAUGUCACUCAAAUUCAAAUUUGCAUUGCAUUGGUUGGGUGCCAAACAUUUAAUUCUAAAUCAUGAUCCACAUUCCACUUUAAAUUUAUUAUUAUUAUUAUUAUUCAAAUUUUUUAAAAUUCUUAAUACAGAGAUGAACCUAAUUAUAGCGACAGGUUCUUUAGUUUAUUUUCUAAUCAUCCUAAAUCUAAAAGAAAAAAGAGAACACACACAGAUUUUUUAUGAAAGAAACACAAUUAUUUUAGCAUUCGAUAACAUCUUUUUUUAUCAUCUGUAUGAUUUGAAUAAAUCAUAAACCAAAAAAAAGGAUGUAAAAAAAAUAAAAAUUUUAGCAAAAUAAUCUGGAUUUCAUCUAACAUUAUUACACUUUAGUAAUAGUUGAUUCUUUUGUUGUAUUAAUAAAUUAAUUUAUGUUCAGAAUAAAUGCUGAUAUUUGCCUGUAAAAUGUUUGCAGUUGGUAUUGAAACGAAUAAAUUUGUUCAUAUGAAA